CUCAGCUGAGAAAAAAAAUUGCAGAAAAUCAUCUUCCUCUCAUCAGUGAUUCAUAUGCUCGUGAAUUUAUGCCCUGCUCAGCUGCCUAUCCCAGACCCCGCUCAGUUCUUUGCAUUUUAGUCAAAUGCCUCAAUCAAAUGCCCUUUAAGCUCCUGUGUGGCUCUGUGCCAAAGAUAAAAAUGUAUUUCCUCUAUCUACCACCCAAGCUUGCUUCCAUUUUUACUUUUUUCCUUGCUACUGUGUUGCUAUCUUCCAUUUGUUGUACUCUGAUCACUUAGGGCUGGUCUCAUAAAAGCUCCCUCUGGUUUUAUACCAAAGCUUUUCUCUCUCCUUUCCUAAAUGGAAUCUGUCUGCAUAACCUCCUCCUAAUUCUCCCUUAUGUGUUACAGGAAAUUAUCUGGACUCUGAGAUUUACAAUCCAGCCUCUACCAUUGCCUUCUCCAUGAAAGGCGUUUCCAUGUCCUUAGGAUGCCAGCAGUGCUUGGAUCGUGUUGGCUUCUCCCAGCAUAAGGGAUGCACUCAAGUCCCUGUGGGCUUCGAUUGCUCAGGGCAGCAGAACGGUGACUUUUUGUUCUGCUGAGGGGACAGCACCACCCAAGCAAAUCUUGGCAUGGAAUGGAAUUAACAGAGGCCAGGUGCUGAAGAGCCUUAACACACUGAACCUGAUCCAGGAAACACCAACACAUCCACUGGAGAAUGUGAGCUCUUCUCACUUUGUGCUCAGAGACAAACUGGUCUUUUAUUCUUCUCCUGCAAGACAGUUCAGUUCUCCUGCUCGUCCCAGUAAUGCACCUCUCCAGAUCUAUUUCCAUCUGAUUUCAUCUUUCUGGAGCACAAUUGACCAGAUUCACUGGUUUUUUGUCCCAUGCGAAGUUCAUCAGAUAGAUUGGCCUGAAACUUCUUUUACAGAUCUACAAAAGCUUGAAGAUCAGUCAGAAGAAGAAACUCUGCCUUCCCUGUGACAGUCAGACAAACCCACAGUGGAACAAAAAAUGCCUGUGAAGGACAUGACCAUUUUGAUCCCUUGUUGUCAAUUCUGCUUGCCAUUCCCAUUAAAGUCAGAUGCUGGGGAAACCAUGGCCUGGUCCGAGUCUGUGGAUACAGUACUAGCCAAUAAAGAGGGCCUGGCAGCUUUUCGGACAUUUUUGAAGUCAGAGUUCAGUGAAGAGAAUGUGGAGUUCUGGCUGGCCUGUGAGGACUUCAAGAAAACCAAGUCCACCAGCAAGAUUGCCUCAAAAGCCCGAAAGAUUUAUUCUGACUUCAUACAAGCUGAUGCUCCAAAGGAGAUCAAUAUUGAUUUCCAUACCAAAAACGACAUCUCUGAGAACAUCUCUGAGCCCACCCUCAGCUGCUUUGAUGCUGCUCAGAGGUCAAUCUACAGCCUCAUGGCAAAGGACUCUUUCCCCAGGUUUCUGAGGUCAGAAGUGUACAAGGAACUGGUAAAGAAGCACCAGGACAGAAAUCAGAAGAGAUGGCUUCCAUUUCUGUGAGGAAAAAACCUGAGGCUUUAUGAGUUGAUAAUGCCUCCCAUUGCAAUUCAGUACAGAUAAUUAUUAAUUAUUAAAGUGAUUGCAGAAGCCACAUUCAAGAAUCACCUGAGCGAGCUUGUUUUUAAGCACAAAAUGCACAUGAUACUUUCUAAUAGCAGCAGAGCGAUAGUCAGGUAGCAGGAUGGAAUAUGCUAGGCACUUGAGCUACCUUCCUAAUAAAAAAGUUUGCCAUUGUCAUUUUUUUGCAGUGUUUGCUUCCUUUUUCAAAGAGAUUUGACAUUUUUAAGCAGAAUGUUUUGGUUUUCUUGUUUGCUGUUGAUUCCUCUUUAGACGUAUGGCCUCAAAAAUAAAUCCCUUUCAGGCGCCUUGAAUACAUUUACUCUUGCAUUUAUCAUUUUAU